UGCCACCCUGUCUAUAAGAGCAGGGUGAAUGAGUGGAAGCCCCAAUAUAUUAUUAUCCUUUAUGAUAUUACCUUAUCCUUUGCCGUGUGUGUUAUUCUACCUUAUUUCCACCCAAUCCAUAAAUUUGUCUAAAGCUCCCCAAUGACUCAGUACUAACAACCUGAUUACUGAGUCUAUGCCAUUCUAUCCUGUCUUUCUUAAAUCUAUCCUCAAGCUUGAAUCCAUUUUUCUUGUCCUUCCCUGUUUAUUUCUCAGAAUUUUGCUUAUAUCACCCUUGUUGCAUCUCACAUCACUUGAAGGAAUGGAUUAGACUUCCUCUUAAUCUAAUUCUGCCUUUAUCAAGCACAAACUCAUUAUUUAUUGCCCUACCUGGAGAAUUUUGCUUAUAUCACUCUUAUUAUGUCCCCUAUACCACUUUAAGACCACUAUCAGACCCCUCUUAACCUCUACCUUUUAUUAAGUUUAAACCAAUGAUUUAUUUUCCUAAACAUAAUUACUGACCCUGAAAAUUGUUUCCCUUUGUGUCAUUGUAUUAUCUCGCUCCAUUUCUUCUCCAGAGUGUGUAUGACAGCCUGUGUGGUGACAUGGUGGUGUCUGUGGCUGACUGUGGCAGGCAUGGAGGUCUGGGGAGGAGGAAAGGAUGGGGAAAGAGGAGGAAGAGAGGAGAGGUCCCUUCAGCAAAUCCCCUUAGGAACCUCAGGAUUUCCCUUACCUGUGGAUAUUGACCCCAUUCCUUCAGGUCCUCAUGUCACCAUGCCCCACAUCAGCUUCCGAGACAUGGGUAACCUAGUCCAACAAGCUGCUGUGGCCGUGAACGAGAGAUUUGAUACUGUUGAACCUGCCAUAUACCAGAGCGGGGCGCGGCAGGUCCCCGGCACGCCCGCCUGGUUCAUGGCCGCAUCACACAAGACCAAGGUUGUAGCCAAGAACAUCUCCAGAAUUGCUCUCAUCUCAGAGGAGGCCACCAAAUACACUGCACAACAAUUCUGGCUGGAGAGAGACCAGGUGAGCUAUGGGCUGCCUACAGCUGAUGUGCGGGGGACGGUGCUGGGCGACCAGUGCCCUGUGGAGGUGGACUUUCCCUGCCAGCCACGCAAAUACCGAGCCUUCAACGGUUACUGUAACAACGUGCAGAAUCCGAGAUGGGGCAAUACCAACACUCGCUACCUCCGUUUCCUCCCGGCGGAUUAUGGCGAUGGAGUUGCUGUUCCUCGCCAAGCUGUUUCUGGUGACUUCCUGCCAUCAGCGCGAGCCAUCAGCCUGGCUCUGCACCGCGACCAUGACACACCCCACAAGUUUAUGACAUCUGUGGCUGCUGUGUUUGGCCAGUUCAUCUCCCACGACUUGGCACACACGCCCCAGAUGGUAGGCUACAUUGGUCAACGUCUGCGCUGCUGUGGCGUCAACUUCCGAGACUUUCACCCAGAGUGUUACCCAAUCCGGCUGCCAGACAACGACCCGGUCUACUCCCCACUCAAGCAAAAGUGCCAAGAAUACAUACGGUCUGGCACUGCCCCCCGAACCGGAUGCACAUUGGGCCCCAGAGAACAGAUCAACCAAGUGACAUCCUUCAUUGAUGGGUCGGUAAUCUACGGGUCCAGCAAGGAGGAGAGUGACGAGCUGCGUGCCUUCUCUGGCGGCCUCCUCAAGGUGCAGCGCGGCCCGGCAAACACCCAGAUCCUCAUGGCUGACACCAACCAGAUUGACUGCAAGACCUCAGGAAGAUUCAAGUAUGUGUUUGUGUGAUAGAUGAGUGCAUUAGUUAGUGAAAGGGUUAUUCAGAGCCUUAGACUGAUGUAUUUGAGGUGAACAUGACAACCAGAUUGACUGCAAGACCUCAGGAAGAUUCAAGUAUGUG